AUGGCGUCUGGAGACGAUUCGCACUCGCGGAUAGAGCUAUACGAUUCCGCCUUGACCCUACCCUCCGACUCAGAAAAUUAUUCAGCAAACAACGAGCUAUCCUCAUCACCUCUGUCCUCCUCGAGUUCUCCUAUAAUCCUCUACAAACCGCCAACCUUCUGGGGUUUACUACGGGGCGCGGCUAUCAAUCUACUCCUUCCAUUUGUCAAUGGUCUGAUGUUGGGCUUUGGUGAACUGCUGGCUCAUGAGGCUGCGUUCAGGUUAGGAUGGUCCGGCACCAAGGCGUGGUGA